AGCCACCGUCGCAGACCAUAUCACAUCGUCAUUAAACUGCGGUUUUGCUGAAGAGCGAUUAAAUUAUUACGUAUUAUAAUUACGUUGUAGAUGUGCAUAACGUCCGUAGAUCGGCCGAUCGGGUGCGCGAGUGCGUGUGCAAAUGACUGAUAGCCCGAUUUAGCGGGUUGAACUUGAGCAAAAUGUGGACCAAAAGGUUAUGGUUAUGGAGGUUUAUGUUGUGCAUGUUGUUAGCGGUGUCGGUGCUCGCGGCCACAGCCAGAGCUGACACUGACGUACCUUCAGAAUCACAAUGCCGUCCAUACAUUGAGAAAGCUCUUAAAGAGAAGGAGUCAGGAGAUACUGAACGAGAGUCUAUAGAAAAAAACGAAAGUAGUGAAAUAAGCGUAGAUGCCGAUACGAAAGAAGAUACAUCAGCAGAAGGCGAUGAAACAGUCAAUGUGGAAGACAGUAAUGAAAAUGAAGCACCACCUUUAGAGGUUGCAGAUGAACCUUAUGUACCCGAAGCUUCAAUAGAAGUGGUUGAAGGUGGUGUAGAUAACAGUCAAACGAAUGAAGACGUAACAAAAGAAGAAACCGAAGACGAUAGUGCCGAACAGCAAAUAGAAGAAAACAAAAAUGAAAGUAACGGAGAUAGCAACGAGGAAGCAUCCGCUGAAGACCAAACAGCCGAGAAAGACAGUGGCAAUAAUUCUGAUGAAAAAGACGAUGCUAAAGUUGAUGAGGCAGAUGAGGAUAGCGAAACGGAAGGUGACAAUAAUGAGAGCAAUGAAGCAGAUGAAACGGAAAGCAAAGAAAUCGACACGCCUAAAGAGGCUGAGGAAGAAAUAGCCCAGACUGAAGAAAGUUCGAAUGAAGCCAGCGAUAUAUCUCAAGAAACCACACAAGGUGAUGAUGAUGAUGAUGACAACAACAAAACAGAAGUAGACGAUGGAUCUCAAGAAAAGGCUGAAUCUCAAGAGGAAGAUGAAGAUAAAACUGGAGGUGAAGAGGAUUCUCAAGAAGUUCGGGAUGAACAAUUAAGUGAAGAAGAAUUAAAAAGUAAUGCAGAAUCUAUAGAAUCAAAAGAAGAUUCGAAGGAAAAAGAAGAAGAAUCAGUUGAAGAAGUUGCUGUUACUGUUGAGGAAUCUGAUAAUAAAUCUGAAGAAGAUACAAAUGAACAAAAUGACGAUGACAGCAAAGAAAGUGAUGCCUCACAAGGUGACAAAGAGAAUGUUGAUUCCACAUCUAUAGACGGUGUCACUGAAGCGAGCAAUGAAGAUGGUACUAGUGAAUCAGAAACUAAAGAUGCAGAAUCGGAAUCGGAACCUAUUGAACAAGAAUCUGAAACUACUGACAAUGCAGAAUCAGAAGAAACCGAUGAAAGUAAUGAACAAAAUGAAGCAUCAAGCGAAGAAGGAACGCCUGAGGAAGAUCUGUUAAAAACUGGUGAAAUUCCUGAAAACUUAAGACCUCGUGAUCAUAUAAAACAAAUUCUCAGAUUAGAUGAAGAAGCAAGCGAAGCAGAAAUAACCAUAGAAAGAUCAGCAGAUAUAAUCCUGAGGGAUCUAAAGAGAUUAUAUGAAAAUUCCAUUAGACCUUUAGAAACCGUUUAUAAAUACAGAGAUUUAAGUAACAGACAUUUUGGUGAUCCUGAAAUUUUUUCAAAGCCUUUAGUACUUUUUAUGGGGCCAUGGAGUGGUGGAAAAUCUAGUAUUGUUAAUUAUUUGACCGGCUUAGAGUUUACUGAGUGGUCUUUAAGAACUGGAGCCGAGCCAUCACCAGCUUAUUUCAAUAUAUUGAUGCAUGGUAAAGACCCACAAGUCUUAGAUGGCACACAGUUGGCAGCCGAUUGGACUUUUUCGGGGCUACAGAAAUUUGGCCAAGGUCUUGAAGAACGUUUGAGAGGUUUAAAGCAUCCAAGCAAAAUUUUAGAAAAGGUGAACAUUGUAGAAAUACCCGGAAUUUUAGAAGUUCGAAAACAAGUGUCUCGCGUUUUUCCAUUUAACGAUGCUUGUCAGUGGUUUAUAGAUCGUGCUGAUAUAAUUUUCCUAGUGUACGAUCCCUCGAAAUUGGAUGUUGGCCCUGAAACUGAAGCCAUCCUCGAUCAACUCAAGGGCAGAGAAUCUCAGACUCGUAUCGUUUUGAAUAAAGCGGAUACAGUAAAGCCUGAAGAAUUAAUGCGUGUACAGAGUGCACUGAUUUGGAACAUUUCACCGCUGAUGAGCUCUGCGCAACCUCCAGUUAUGUACACAGUGUCACUAUGGUCAAUACCUUAUGAACCUAGUGCACCAGUAAGACUGUUGCAAGCCCAAGAACGGGAACUUCUUCGUGAUUUACGGCAAGCAAUUGAUAAGCGCAUUGAGAAUAAGAUCUCCAGCGCAAGAAGAUUUGCGGUUCGCGUAAGGAAUCACGCUAAGAUGGUUGAUUGUUAUCUGACAACUUAUUAUAACCAUAAAACAAUCUUCGGCAAUAGGAAACUUAUUGCCGAUGCUAUUAUUGAGAACCCUCAGAAUUACCAUAUUUAUGAGGGACUCAGCACACUGACUAAUAUUUCUAGGUAUGACUUGCCAGAUCCUGAAACAUAUAGGGACUUUUUCCGGCUGAAUCAGCUGUAUGAUUUCCAACAAUUAUCGGCGACGUGCACAUACUUCCGUGGCUGCCCCAUCACGCGGCUGGAUGUCGCCAUCGCUUAUGACCUGCCCGAACUCGUGGGCAAGUACAAGAAGAUGGUGGAGACUGCCACGCCUCAAGGCAUGCCCAAAAGUUGAUGCCCUCGCGAACGAACGAAACCCGCGUCACACUUAACACUCGCUUUUUAAUUUUAGUGAAUUCGAUUGGACGUAAAUAUUUUGGGCACAUUAUGCAUUUCUUAUCUAAUCAGGCGACGAAAUAAUUGUUCUGUUUUUUAAAUCGCAUUUCUGUUUUUAUUUAUGUACCGUAAUUUAUAAUGUUCUUUGGCUUAAAUACUCGCUUGUUCCUGUUUUUUUUUGCGAUGAAUGAUGUGUGGCAUUCGUAUGUGUACUGUAAUGUGAUUUUGUUCAUGCGUUUAAAUUUAAUUGACGCUGAUAAUGUUAUUAUUAUAUAGUAUAUAAAUACAAGACAACUUCCAAUUUCCUAAUUAACACUGUCUUUUUAUACAUGUCUCAAACGUAAGAGUAAAUUUAUCUAGUCACUAUGUAAAGUUUGUUAGUGAAAAGGUUGUUAUUUAUUGAGGUGAGUUCCUUCAAGAUUAGGACUAAUAUAAUUAUUAUGCGGUCUCUGCCUUAUUUCAUUGUUAGUUAUUAAAUAAGACAAUGUGACUAUUUAAGUAAAUAUAAA